AUGGGUUGUUCCAUUUAGAAGAAAAGUAAGGAAAAAUAAGCUAUUUCUUAAUAACAUUUAAAUUUAGUUACUCAGGAACCUUAAAUAAAAUUGUCUUCACCUAAAAUAGACAAUAUGACCAUUGAAACUCCUUCACAGUCUAAUUUAAGAGCCUAGAGACUUAAAAAUGUGAGAGACAUAAUUAUGAAUGGAUAUUAAAAUCCUUCAAAAAUUAGAAUCAGUAGAAAAAUAUCAAGACAAAUUUCAUAAUUAUGA